AAACAAAAGUUAACUGAGUUUCGUGAUUUGCAUAUACUAGUAGUAUUGGUCAUGUUAACCAUGAAUCUCUUAUCUUUGCCUAACACUAGUGUACCACCAAAUUCGUACAAAUAUUACUUUUGUGAGUAUAAAGAGCCCCUACCUGAGAUUAACUAACUAUAUACUGUUAUUAGUUACAUACAUAGAGAUAUAGUCAAUGGCAAUUGCAGCGGCAAACUCAUCACCCACCAUGAGCCUCAGCCAUAGCCAGAGCCAAGAGGAUGCCACCACCAACGACAACAAGCCCGUCGUCGUCGACGAUGAUCACGAGCACGACAUGGUCAUGCCCGGCUUUCGCUUCCACCCAACUGAAGAAGAGCUCGUGGAGUUCUACCUUCGCCGUAAGGUGGAGGGAAAGCGUUUCAACGUUGAGCUUAUUACUUUCCUCGAUCUUUAUCGCUAUGACCCUUGGGAGCUUCCCGCCUUGGCAGCUAUUGGUGAGAAGGAGUGGUACUUCUAUGUGCCCAGAGAUAGGAAGUAUCGCAACGGUGAUCGUCCCAAUCGCGUUACUACCUCUGGGUAUUGGAAGGCAACAGGAGCUGAUAGGAUGAUCCGAACCGAGAAUUUUCGCUCUAUCGGCCUCAAGAAAACCCUAGUUUUCUAUUCUGGGAAAGCUCCUAAAGGCAUUCGAACCAGUUGGAUUAUGAACGAGUAUCGCUUGCCGCAACAUGAAACUGAACGAUAUCAAAAGGCUGAGAUAUCGCUUUGCCGUGUGUACAAGAGAGCUGGAGUCGAAGACCAUCCUUCCCUCCCUCGCUGCCUCCCAACGAGGCCAUCCUCAUCAUCAAGGGCUUCUUCUGAUCACAUCAAUAAUAAUAAGUCGACGAAGCACAAUGAAAUGGUUCAACACCACAACAUCAACAUGGGAUUCAUGGGACAAUCAAAGCCGCCAACAACUGAACACAUAGUUGACAAAAUUAAUGAAUCGGAAGCAAGCAGUGAUGUCAACACAACUCUUGGACUUUCUAAAUACAAUGCUUACCGUGCUGCCACCAUGGCGCUUCCAGUUGUUCCAAUGGAUGAGGAAGCCUUGAUGAUGAUGCAGCAAUCUAAGCAAGCUGCUGCUGCAGCAGCACAUGUUCCAACAAUCUUCUCUGCUGGGCCUUCUAGUUCCAACAACAGUGGAGUAGUGAAUAUGGAUGAUCUGAAUAGGCUAAUGAGUUAUCAACAUCAGUACUACAAUGUUCAAAGCCAAAGCCAUCCCAAUCAGUUCUCUACUUUGCUGAUGCAACCUUCACCAAUAGUGUCUCUCAGCUCGCUACCAAAUCCACUUCCACCCACCUUCUCUGACCGACUCUGGGACUGGAAUCCAAUCCCUGAGUCACCAAGUCAAGAGUACAGCAACAUAUCCUUCAAGUAAUAUGACUCAUCAAUUAUAUCUGUGAACUGCACAUACACACAUAUAUAUACAUAUAUAUUAUAGAUAGAGACAUUUAUCUGUGCUAAUUUCUACUAUCAAUUUUAUGUAGGUUGUACGUUUUCGUUACUCUCUAAUUAAUCUGGUAUCUUAUUUUAUAUUUCAAUAAGAUAAUUGUAUGACUUACUUUGAUCAAUGAUCAAUAUGUAUUUGUCGGUAGUACUAUUAGGGUUUUAGUUUUAA